CCAUCCUUCAAGUGCAUUCAUAUUCUGUUGAUAAAUGAGUUACAAGCACUCUAGCAUUUAUACGAUAUGAACGAUGACCAAUUUCUGGAUUUUACUUUUGAUCUUCAGCACCAUGUUCCAACCUGGUAGACGCUGGGUCACUGCACAGUCCCUCACAGACUCACCGGUUUUUCAUCCUGAUAAAGAGCUCAGUGUGAAUAUCGGAGACUCGGCUACUCUGCGGUGUUGUGUUUCUGAAAAGGAAUUUGGGAUGACAGCCUGGUUUAAGCAAAAAGACAGAAAAUCACCUCAACUUAUGAUCAAGUUCUAUAAGACUUCUGAAGAAAUGUUUUAUAAUGGAAUCGAAAAGUCUCGUUUUAAAAUGGAAAAAUCUUCUAACUGCUUCAAUAUGACCAUUUUAAACAUCAUUCAGUCUGAUGAAGCCAUGUACUACUGUGCAGUAUUGAUGACACACAUCCCCGUGUUUGGAGAUGGAACUUACUUAAACAUUAACGAAAUAUCUAAACCAGCUCUGUGUGCUAAUUCACUGGUGUGUGAACCAACACUGCACAGAAACAACUCUAUGAAAAUGAAGACACAAGACAAAACAGUGAUCGGUUUGGGAACGGCUUUGGGUUUGUGCGCACUUCUGAUUUUCUUUCUCACAUAUUUCAUACUGAGGAGAAGAAAAUGUGAUAAAUUGAACACUUUUAGAGAAGAUUCUCCAGGAACACAGCAGGAACCUGAAGCUGAAAUACUGAAUUAUGCAGCUUUGCAGUUCUCAAAGAGGAAAGCAAAAGCUGAAGAAAAAAGGAAACCUGGCUCAUCAGAUGGGUGUGUGUACUCUGAUGUGAAGAAAUCUGUAAGAUGUAAUAAAUGAUUGUUUACACACGGUUCUGUUACACUGCAAAUACUGUGAAAAUAUUUUAGCAAUUUCAUCAAGCCUAUCCUGACUCUAGGAAAAUGUAUUUUGCUCAUUUUGAGCUUGAACGUGUCUUAUGUUGCUGAUCGAUAGACAUUUAUUUAAUCUUGUUAAUCUUAGACAAAAUUAUCUAAAAAAAUAAAUAAAUAAAUAUUACAGCAUAUUUUACCAUAUUAAAGAUAUUAUUUUUGCAGUGUCGAUGUAGUAUUGCUUUUGUACACAUGUUUUAAAGUAACACCUGGAGAUUUCUCACCUCUAUUUUUUUAACUGUCAUGUUUUUAGCUUAAGCUAACAGUGAAGUGACAAUUCAAGCAUUUUUAUGAGCAUACUGUGACUGUAGUGAGGUUUUGUUGUCUCAUCUGUAGAACUGAUUCUUGUUGA